CAGAGCACUGUGUUAAGCUUAUCCUUGGAGCUAUUGUGGUUUUGCCUCACCAAACUCUUGAAAACCUAUCUCAUAUCAAAGCAUCCAACCCUUCUACUUCGGCUGCCAUGGCCACCAUUGCCACCACCAUUAUUCCGGUUAUAGACCUGUUGGAUCCCGCGGCCAGAGAGCAGAUAGUAAAGGCCUGCCAUGAGUUCGGAUUCUUUAAGGUUGUCAACCAUGGUGUCCCCUUGGAAGCCAUGACAAAAUUAGAAGAAGAAGCUGUGAAUUUCUUCAACUUGCCUCAGCUUGAAAAGGAACAAGUUGGCUCUCCCAACCCCUUUGGGUAUGGCCACAAGAAAAUCGGCUCUAAUGGUGAUAUGGGUUGGGUUGAAUACCUGUUCAUGUCCACCCACAACCCCAUCACCAUUCCAAGCCACUCUCAACUUUUCAGGUGCCUUGUGAAGGAGUAUAUUGGGGCUGUGGGAGGCAUUGCAUGUAAGGUUUUGGAGAUGAUAGCUGAGGGAUUGAAGAUUGAGGCAAAGGAUGUGUUAAGCAGGCUAAUAAGGGAUGAAAAAAGUGAUUGUUGGUUUAGGAUAAACCAUUAUCCGCCAUGCACGGAGCUCCAAACUGGGAUGAACGGUGGAGAUCUGAUUGGGUUUGGAGAGCAUAAAGACCCACAAGUGAUCUCUGUUGUGAGAUCAAACAACACAACUGGAUUGCAAAUCUUUGUUGGAGAUGGGACAUGGCUUUCUGUCCCACCUGAUCACCACUCUCUUUUCUUCAAUAUUGGUGAUUGUUUGCAGGCGAUGACUAAUGGGAGAUUUAAGAGCGUAAAGCAUAGAGUAUUGGCAAACAGUAUUGAACCUAGGUUGUCAAUGAUCUACUUUGGAGGACCAGCUCUGAGUGAAAAAAUAGCACCAUUGUCUUGUUUGAUGGAGGAAGGAGAGGAAACCUUGUACAAUGAGUUCACUUGGAGUGAAUACAAGAACUCAGUUUACAAGAACAGGUUGGCUGAUAACAAUCUGCUGGCCUUUCAGAAGAACAAAUCUACCUGUGACAUGAUUAAUUAG